AUGCAGUACAUGACUGAUAAAUGGGAAAACAGGGUAUUCCUUUUCUUAUCCGGACUGAAUGAUGACUUUGAAAAUAUAAGGAGUCAGAUUCUUAACUCUGACGAAUCAUUUAGUAUUGAAGAUGUCUAUUCCCGUGUUGAAGCUGAAGAACAGAGAAGGCUGCUUUCUAGUGGACGAAAAGGGGAAGAACAGUCUGCCUAUGUUAGCCGUGCCCCUGUGGGAACUCCUCGUUCUUCCCGAAAAUGUACACAUUGCAAAAAACUUGGUCAUACUAGGGAUUUUUGUUGGGACCUGUAUCCAGAGAAGAAGGAUAGUAGGGGGAGGUCUUCUAGUGGGAAGAAGGCUGUAUCGUCUGCAACAAGUCUGAGUGAUGGGAAAGGUUCUAUUUCUGCAGAACAGAUUCGUGAGCUACGAGCAUAUUUGAGCAAGAUUGAUGUUGGUCAGGCAGAUACACCAGAUGAGGUGAAGAUCAAUCAAGCAUUGGCUGUUUCAGGGGGAGAAGGACUUGGUGACAGGGAAGAGGAUUGGGAUUGGUUUGGUGUCUGA